UCCCGGCGGCACAGGGCAGCGCCGCGGGGGCCGCACCGCCCCGGCCCCUCGGCACGGCACGGCACGGCCCCGCCGCCGCCGGCAUCGCCGCCAUGAGCGGCCCCUACCCGGAGGAGAGCUGCGCCGAGCGCCCCGAGUGCAAAAGUAAAUCGCCAACUUUGCUGUCCUCCUACUGCAUCGACAGCAUCCUGGGCCGGCGGAGCCCUUGCAAGGUGCGGCUGCUCGGCGCCGCGCCCAGCCUGCCCGCCACCGCCGCCCGCCCCGACAGCGACAAAGCUGCGCAAGGGUCUCCCAAAGGAAGUCCCCCCUUCGAGCCGGCCGAGCUGCACCUGCCGCCGAAAUUGCGCCGGCUGUACGGGCCGGGCGGGGGCCGGCUGCUGCCGCCGGGGUCGGCGGGGCCUCGGGGGGACCGUCCGGAGGGGCGGCUGGAGGGGGCCGCCGGCCCGAUGCCCGCCGCCGCCCCGUGGGACACGCUGAAGAUCAGCCAGGCACCCCAGGUCAGCAUCAGCCGCAGCAAGAGCUACCGCGAAAACGCGCCCUUCGUGGCCCCGCCGCCCGCCCGGGACGAGCUGGGCAGCCCCGCCGCGCACGUCGAGGAGCGGCCGGGCCCCACCGCCCCGGCCGCCGAGGAGGAGGAAGAGGAGGAGGACGAAGAGAUGCUAGAGGAGGAGGACGAGGAGGAAGAGGAGCUGGAAGAUGACGAGGAGGAGGAGCUGCUGGGAGAGGACGGCGGGGGGCUGCUGAAGGAGGCCCGGCGCAGCGCUGCCGCGGCCCCCGGUGCGGAGGGCGGGGAUCUGUCCCCCAAAGAGGAGCUGCUGCUGCACCCCGAGGAUGGUGAGGGCAAGGACGGCGAGGAAAGCGUUUGCCUCUCGGCCGGCAGCGACUCUGAGGAGGGGCUGCUCAAGAGGAAGCAGCGCCGCUACCGCACCACCUUCACCAGCUACCAGCUGGAGGAGCUGGAGAGGGCCUUCCAGAAAACCCACUACCCCGACGUCUUCACCAGGGAGGAGCUGGCUAUGAGGCUCGAUCUGACCGAAGCCCGAGUGCAGGUAUGGUUCCAGAACCGUAGGGCUAAGUGGCGGAAGAGGGAAAAGGCUGGGGCUCAGACACACCCCCCAGGUUUGCCUUUCCCUGGUCCCCUGUCAGCAACUCACCCCCUCAGUCCAUACCUUGAUGCUAGUCCUUUCCCUCCUCAUCACCCAGCUCUAGACUCCGCCUGGACCGCCGCUGCCGCCGCCGCCGCGGCCGCCGCCUUUCCCAGCCUGCCGCCGCCGCCCCCCGGUUCCGCGGCGUUGCCCCCCGGCGGGACCCCCCUCGGCCUCGGCACCUUCCUGGGGGCGGCCGUGUUCCGUCACCCCGCCUUCAUCAGCCCCGCCUUCGGCAGGCUCUUUUCCACCAUGGCCCCCCUGGGCAGCGCCUCCAGCGCGGCGGCCCUACUGCGGCAGCCGGCGCCGGCCGCCGAGGGGGCGGUGGGCUCGGCGGGGCUGGGGGACCCGGCCAGCGCUGCCGCGGAUCGGCGGGCGUCCAGCAUCGCCGCCCUGCGGCUGAAGGCCAAGGAACACGCCGCCCAGCUCACCCAGCUCAACAUUCUCCCCGGGAACAGCACGGGGAAAGAGGUGUGCUAAGAGCCGGGUGCUGUCCCGGGGUGCGGGUUAGAGGGGUGGUUUGGUUGGUUUUUUUAGGGGGGGGAGAGAAAAAAGGGACAGAAGGGAAAGAGGAGAGUAAACACACGAAUAAAUGAAGGUCACCUCAGCGCGAAUCAAGACCAAACGGGACGAAGGGGGGGAAAUUAACAAUUAAAACAAAAAAAAAAAAAAAAGGGGGGGAAAAAAAAAAAAAAGAGGACCAGCAGCUGAGACUGCGAUAGGUCCUCGAGUUAAGAACUUGGUGACAGCGAGCUCCUUUUGCAUCAGCCUUCACACGAGUGAACCGACACUGGCAAGCUCCUGAAUAAGUAACUCCUUGGCUGGUACAUUUCUGAAAAGUACGACAUGUUCAUUUCCUCUCUGAGCAUUAAGGGGGGGGAAAGAAAAAAAAAGAAAAAAAAGGCAAAAAAAAAAAAAGCCCUAAUAAAAGUUGUGAUCUAUUACCAUUACAUACACUAAAUAUUUUUCCCUCUGUUUAUCUGGCAAGAAAAAAAAAAAUAAAAAAUGAAACAUUUAAUCGUAAUUAAGAAAGGAAAAAAAGAAAGACAAGCAAAGCAGAGGGAAGCUACCCACGUCAUCUUAAUAUAACAUCCUAGGAUGUUAAGUUGAUCUGUUAGGAGCACUGGAGAACUCUUUUACAUGUUGAUGCAGCAACCUGCAUAUGCUAACCAAGGGUGUUGCCAGUGCAGACUGAAAGUAAAUUUGAUGCUGUAAGCUAACCAGUGCACUUAAGGGAAAGGGUAUAUCUUUUUCUUGUUAUAUUCUUUAUCACUACACCAACCAAGGUUUUUAUAUCAAACCAAAGGGAAAUACACUGCUAGAAUAUGGACUGUUUAAGUCACUAAACUGUGAUUAUUGAUUCUGUACAUACCAUUGUUAUAAAAAAAGAACAGAGCUUUGUAUAUUUGAAAUGUUAUAAAACAAUUGCACUCAGUGUAGUGUUGUAAAAGUUUGUCAUUCUGUAGAUUCUUACUGUGUUGUAGAUAUAAUAGGGUUCCUAGACAAAUAUUUAUGUACAAACCCUUUAUUUAACUUAUUAACUGUAGAGGUUUCUGAAACCCUCAAGAGGCGAUGGUACAGUA